CUGGAGCCGUGGCUUCCUGGAAACGGAGCCCAGCCGGGUGACGGGCAGCGGCGAUAAGCGGCGGCUAUCGGGGCCCUCCCAGCCGGUCCUGCCUCGCCGCGCCGCCGCGGGAGCAGCGCGGAGCCGCUUUCCGCGCCCGGCCGCCGGGAGGGCAGGCAGAACUCCAGUUCUGGGUGUGGAAGGAAUGCAGAGCUGGGCCUGGAGCUGGUACCUGCACAGGCUGCUGCAGCUUGCUGAAGCCAGCGACCAACGGAUACUGACAUAUUAGUGAGCUGCUUUGAAGGGUAUGUCUGUUACUUAUAUUGCAACUUGGAUUCUAUGGACAUAUGGCAGAGAACACAAUUCUCCAGAAAGCAAAAGAGUUUGACUGAUGGAAAACAGAAGAGAGCAAUCCAAGAGAAAUCCUGCCAGAGGAGGAGCAUGAACCUGACAUUUACUGUUGAAUCCAGACUUCUGCCUUGAGCUUAAGUUCCACGCUCAGCCAGUUCUACCAUUGACUUCAGUGUGGCUCUGCACAAAGAUCUGCUGUUUGGACCUUGCUAAGUCUGGAGCCUAAGUAUUGUUCUGGCAUCCAUACUGAUUUGGAAAUACACUGGCUGGCCUGAACUCCUUAAGCAGUGGGACAAUUACAGGGUUUUUAAAAAGUCAGAAAUGUAGAACCUGUGAAUUGAGGCUCUUCUGGCUUUUACAUAAAGCUGACAGACUGACUGGCAGUCAUGUCGGUCAAACUCACAUUUGUCUCUCCUGGUGAUGGGGGUGGUAUCAACAGGAGUUGUUCCUUCACUGGAUUCAGCACUGUGCAAAGCAGAAAAUUAGCAAAGUCUCUCAGCAGAAGUUCAGUGAGAUCAAGAAUGUCACUGAAAUCCUCCAAGGCUUAUAAUUCCCUGCAGAAGGGGACGGUCAUCUGGGAUCCAAAGCCACUGCAGGUGAAGAAAAUUUUUGAAGCUUUGAAGAAAGGACUUAAUGAGUACUUGGAAGCACAUCAGGCUGAGCUGGAUUAUCUCUCUGGUCGACACAAAGAUACAAAAAGGAGCUCCAGAUUGGCUUUCUACUAUGACUUGGAUAAGCAAAUCCGCUCUGUGGAGAGAUACAUCAGAAAACUGGAGUUUCACAAAAGCAAGGUGGAAGAACUCUAUGAAGCUUACUGUAUCCAGUGCAGGCUGCGAGAUGGGGCUGCUAAUAUGAAACAUGCCUUCUCCUUGUCUCCUUCCACCAAAGCCUCCAGAGAGAGCCUAGUGGAGCUUUACAAGAACUUCCAGGAGUGCACAGAGGACAUGUGCUUUAUAGAAGGGGCAUUGGAGGUCCAUUUGGGAGAGUUUCACUUGAAGAUGAAAGGGUUGGUGGGCUUUGCACGUCUCUGCCCGGGGGACCAGUAUGAGGUGUUUGUGCGACUGGGGCGCCAAAAAUGGAGGUUGAAAGGCAAGAUAGAGACUGAUGACAGCCAAACAUGGGAUGAGGAGGAAAAGAUUUUUAUACCCAAUCUUCAUGAGAAGUUUGAAAUCAAGGUGACAGAGCUGCGUGGACUGGCCACUAUUCUAGUUGGUGUUGUGAUAUGUGACAGCAUGAACUUCUUUACAACCAAGCCUCAGGCAAUCAUUGUGGAUAUAACUGAACUGGGCACCAUCAAGCUACAGCUGGAGGUCCUCUGGAACCCCUUUGACACAGAGAACCUGUUUUUGUCACCUGGAACCACUGCCAAGUUCUCUGUGGGGAGCAGGAAGAGCUCAUUAUACAAUUGGACCCCACCAAAUACUCCCAGCUUCAGAGAGAAAUACUACCUGUCUGUUUUGCAACAAAGGCAGAACCAAGGGGAUGUAAGUGAUGAAGCUCAGCCUCCCAGCAUAUUGAGCUACUUGGCUGCCUGUGAUUUUGAUGUACGUGGGAGGAGCAAGGCACACAAUCCUGCAGAGACAAGCGAGGCAGACUCCUUCAGCUCUGAGGACCAGAAAGGGACAGAAUCCACAGAUACAACUCCGGCUCUGGACCACGGGAUGUUGCCAUCUGUGAUUGUUCAAGAAGCUUGUACAGAAGAGCAACAGCAUCACACAAAUCACACAACUCUGGAUAUCCUGAAGAGGACCCCGUGUGUGGAUGCAUUUCCAAGUAACCCAUCUAGUUUUCUGAAUCGUCACAGAGGCAGCAAAAAUUCUUUCAAUCAGCCCCGAAAUCAGCGUCUGACAGAGCAACGAGACAUUAGCCAGAAAAGCUUUAAUGCUGCCAAUGACCUAAAACUAGAUGGAUGUACAAAGUCACUUGAUAAGACUCUCCAAGAAGUGUUAAAUUUGCUGAAGUCACACAACAUGGGGCAAGCCCAGCUGGAGAAGUUGGAAUACCAGGCUUCAUCUCUGAGGGAUAAAUUAAAGCUAAAGACACUUCCCCACAAACAUUCAUCUAUGGAAAGUUUGAUGGUGGAGACAGUACUGGAGAGCUUUGACUUUUUGAAUGCUGACUGCAGUGCUGAUGAGCUCUCAUUAUUUGGAAGCAUAAGAACAGCCAGUAUCAGCACAUACAAUGACAACACUCUUCAGUCCCUGAGCUGUGACACGAGAACAGAAACAAGAGAUGUAACUACUGGUGAUGACAACUUAGACACUCUUCUGAUAACUCAUCUGAAGCUGUGCAAAGGCCUCUUGCAGAAACUGAGGUCACCAAAUGUAGCCCACAUUGUCCAGGAGAGUAUUUUGGAAGAAGUAUCAGAGCAGACACAAGUCCUGGGGGACGUCUUGGACAUGUCUGUUGAAGAAAUUAUUCAAAAGGCUAAAAAGAAGAAGCACUAUCUGAAGAUGUGGAGCGAUCUUGCAGAGCCUGGAAGCAUCUUCUUUGCUUCAGCAGAAAGAUUCCGUCAUGCACUAAAAUACACAUUGACACUCAAAGUGAAGGAAAAAUACCCCAGGCAACUCGAAGCAGUGCUGGGGAGGUUGCUGGAGCAGAUCACUACCUGUGAUGGGUUGCUUCCCUCUCCAUGCCUCCCAACAGAACCAGUUACUGUAUUCCAGUUUUAUAGCUACUUGGAGAAACACCACAUUACCAGCCUGGAGAAACACUUGGGAAAACUUGCUAAAGAAGUGAUGCUAAUUGAGGAGCUGCAGUGCCCCGGGCGGCUGAAGACCCUUAAAAAGCUGAGAGGGAAGCGACUGAGCAAGCUGCAGCCUCUGCCGCAGACGUUACGGCUGCUGGGGCUGCUGCAGCUGGACGGGAACCACCGGGUGGGCAGAGCCGCCACAGCCUGCCUGUGCCGCGCUGCCCGCAGCGCCCUGCGGCACAAGGCUCUCUUUUUCUACACCGAUGUUUUAGCUGACUGUGAUGCAAGACUUCAGCAAGCUGCGUGUUUGGCUCUUAAAAACCUCCGAGGUGUUGAGAGUAUUGAGCAGGUUGCCCACCUCUGCCAAUCUGAAAUAGAGGAGGUCAGGAAUGCAGCCAGGGAAACAACACUGUCCUUUGGUGAGAAGGGCCGACAAGCCUUUGAGAAAAUGGACAAGAUUUGCUGUGAAUUAAGAGAAACUGUACAACAAGAGGCUGAAAUUGAAAUCACAGUGUUUUAGAGGUGGAAUGUGAGGAGCUGAAUCAUAUUGUCCUCUCAGCCACAGAGGAGGAUGACUUUGGCUUGUUGUUUAUCAGUGUCUGGUUUACUUGUGCCCUGCUCUGUAUGUGCUGCCUGCUGACAGAGGACAAGUUAUUGCCAGGGGAGAAAAGUUUUGAGCCUGCACAAACUAGACAGGAAUAGAUGUUCUCAUGGCCUCCUCAGCACAGGAGGAAACAGCAAGUGCUGGAUGGAUCAAAACCAGGAUCUCUCAGAAUAUGGAACUGGGUUGUCACAUCCCCCUGGAAUUAGCUGCCAUACUCAAACUGUAAGGCAAACAUCUAUCUUCCUACAAAGUGUUUUAUCAGUUUUUCAGAGGAGAGAAUUGCUCACUCUCCAACAAACCCCUGAGAAACCAGCAGGCAAUAGAUCAUUUGACCUAUACGUUAGAAAAAGAUCCAGUGCCAUUGCUUGGUGGUUUCCUUUUCUUGUACACUUCACUUGCAGAAGGAAAGCUGGUUACUUCAGAAGCCAAUUUCUUCAUCAUCCUCAUUCCAGCCUCAGGCAGGUUCAAGGAAGAACCAAGAAGGACAUGUGCUGAGUGUAGAUCCUCAGCAGGAAGGUGUGUGGUGCAUUUGCCAGGUGCAGGUCUGGUGCAGAGACAGCUCUGUGUAAGUAGUUUGUUGUUUUAUUAAAUUUGUUCAUUUAGUCAUAGAUUUGAGACUUCUCCCAAGCCCUCGCUGUGUCAGGCUCCUUACUCAGCACUUAGCUUAGUGGAGGGCGGCCAUCAAGAAGCCUGGCUUCAGGUGAAAUACUUGAAAGGGUUGGGCUUGCGUGUGUAUAUAUUUUUAUUAUACAUAUAAAACUUUUCUAUUCAGUAUUUAUUUGUUAGAUUUCAUACUGUUUUUCUAAAAUUCUAAUAAAACAUUUGAGACAA